AUGGAGACGCGGGUCGUCUCCGUCCCGACGAGGGGCCCGCUGGGACGUUUCUCCGACGACGCCGGCGCCGGCAAGGGCGGCCUAGCGAGGCUGGACGAGUGGUGCAUCAGCCGGGACGACAACAAUGCCGCCGCCCUGGCCGCGCUGGAGCCGGCGGCCGCGUACCUGCGCGCGAGCGAUACGCCCGUCGCCUUCCCCACGGAGACGGUGUACGGGCUCGGCGCGGACGCGACGCGGAGCGCCUCGGUCAGGGGCAUAUACGCCGCCAAGGGCCGGCCGUCGGACAACCCGCUCAUCGUACACGUCGCGGAUCUGCAGAUGCUGAGGGCCCUCCUGCGGCACGGAGACUCCCGAGGCGGACGUGGUGGUGAACGCGGCAGCGAAGACGACGACGACAAUGACGUGAUACCCGCGCGGUACAAGCCCCUGCUGGAGCGCUUCUGGCCCGGCCCGCUCACCAUCCUGCUGCCCAACCCGACGCCGUCGCCGCUCGCGCCCGAGGUCACGGCCGGCCUGCCCACCUUUGGCGUGCGCAUGCCCUCGUCGCCGCUGGCCCUCACGCUCAUCAAGCUGGCGGGCGUGCCGCUGGCGGCGCCCUCGGCCAACGCCUCGACCAAGCCGUCGCCCACGGCGGCGCGCCACGUCCUCGACGACCUCGACGGGCGCAUCGAGCUGAUCCUCGACGGCGGCGCCUGCGACGUCGGCGUCGAGAGCACCGUCGUCGACGGCCUGUGCGACCCGCCCGUCGUGCUGCGGCCCGGCGGCGUCGGCAUGGACGAGCUGCGCGGCUGCCCCGGCUGGGAGGGCGUCGUCAAGGCGUACAAGGACCAGAGCGAGGAGGGUAGCAACAACAGCAAUAACAGGGGGGCCGCGCCGCGGGCGCCGGGCAUGAAAUACAAGCACUACAGCCCCAAGGCGCGGGUGGUACUCUACGAGGCCUCGUGCGGCCAAGCUGGAGACGGCGUCCUGGCGGCCGACGCGGAGGACGCGGCGGCAUCCUUGCCAACGCUGAACGGAGACGCAAACCAGACCAAUGGCCACCACCACUACUCGUCAAGGACGGUGGGUGUCAUCCGGACCAAGAGGUGGAAGUCCGCGGCCGGGAUCCGGUGCGACGACCUACGGCUCGAGGAACCCCAAGCCGGUGCCGGAGCCCAGCCGGAAUCUGAGACGCCAUACAGCGUCUACGCUGGUGGCCUCAAGGAUGCGCGAGACAAUGUCGUUGGGCGGGUGUUCGACAUCAGCCUCGGGAUUGACACGAGGAAGAUUGCCCACGGCUUGUUCUGGGCCUUGAGAGAGCUGGACCGCCGUGGCGCGGACACGAUAUUCGUAGACGGCAUAGACGACGAGCUCGACAUUGCAGCGGCCGUCAUGAACCGCCUUCGCAAGGCAGCAUCAGAGACUAGAGCAUAA